AAGCAGGAUCGAUGGAUGACAUAUCACAUGUGUUUCAGGAAUUGCCUUGCUGCCCUACUGGGUGUCUUCCUCAGCCUGGACCCUGUCACGUGCCUGGACACAUCACAGUCUCGACCCAACUUCCUCCUGCUCCUGGCAGACGACCUGGGCAUCGGGGACGUUGGCUGCUAUGGCAACAGCACCAUCAGGACCCCGAACAUCGACCGACUUGCAGAAGGUGGUGUGAGACUCACUCAGCACCUGGCGGCUGAAGCUGUGUGCACGCCCAGCCGGGCAGCUUUCCUCACCGGGAGGUACCCCAUCCGCAUAGGCAUGACUUCCGGUAAUGGCCACCGUGUCCUCCAGUGGGCCGCAGGCUCUGGUGGCCUUCCUGCAGAGGAGAUCACGUUUGCAAAAAUCCUGAAGGAGCAAGGCUACGUCACGGGCCUCAUAGGGAAGUGGCACCUGGGUCUGAACUGUCACUCCUCCUCCGACCACUGCCACCACCCACUGAGUCACGGGUUCCAGCACUUCCUGGGCAUGCCGCUGGGCAUGAUGGCGGACUGCACAGGGGCAGAGCCUUCGGAGAAGCGUGUGACUCUGCAGCACCGCCUGCACCUUUGGGGCCAAGUAUCCGCGCUAGCUGCGCUCACCCUGGCCGCUGGGAGACUCACCCGGCUCCUGCGGACACCGCGGUGGAUGCUGGUCCUCGGCCUGGCUGCUGUGGCCACCAUGUUCCUUGCUGCAUCGCAUCACGUAGGUGACCUCAUCAUCUACGCAGAUUGCUUCCUCAUGAGGAACCACAACGUGACCCAGCAGCCCCUGCGCCUUGAGCGGGUUACAGGCCUCAUGCUCCAGGAGGCGGAGACCUUUCUGCAGAGCCACAAGCACCACCCCUUCCUGCUGUUCAUGUCUUUCCUGCACGUGCAUGUGCCCCUCGUGACCACUGCGGACUUCCGGGGGCGAAGCAAGCACGGGCCAUACGGGGACAAUGUGGAGGAGCUAGACUGGAUGGUGGGGCGGAUCCUGGAAGCGCUGGACCGGGAAGGACUGACCGACAACACGCUUGUGUACUUCGCAUCUGACCAUGGCGGCUCACUGGAGUCUCGUGUGGGUCAUGUGCAGCUCGGGGGCUGGAACGGGAUGUACAGAGGCGGCAAAGGCAUGGGCGGCUGGGAGGGCGGCAUCCGCGUUCCCGGCAUCUUCCGCUGGCCCGGUGUGCUGCCCGCAGGGCGGGUUGUGGAUGAGCCCACGAGCAUGAUGGAUGUGUUCCCCACCGUGGUCCUCCUGGGGGGCGGGGCGGAGCCAACGGACAGGGUGAUUGAUGGGAAGAAUCUAAUGCCCCUGCUGCAAGGGGAGACCCCACACUCAGACCAUGAGUUCCUGCUGCACUACUGUGAGGUGUUCCUGCAUGCUGCGCGCUGGGUGCAGCGUGACCGAGGAAGAGUCUGGAAGGUUCACUUCAUGACCCCGAACUUCCACCCGGAAGGGGCAGGUGCCUGCUAUGGCAGCAAGGUGUGCCCGUGCAUCGGGGACGUGACAGAGCAUGACCCACCUCUGCUCUUCGACCUGUCUACAGACCCUGGAGAGACCCACCCCCUGACGCCUGACUUGGAGCCAGAGUUCCACACGGUAGUGGGAAAACUGCGGCAGGAGGCAGCAGGGUACUCACUGAGCCAGGUCCGCCAGCAGCUGGGCUCCAUCUACAACAUCUGGCGCCCAUGGCUGCAACCAUGCUGCGGGGAGUUCCCACGCUGCGGGUGUGACCUUGAGGAGUGACACCCAUAUGACACCCACGUGGAGCCAAGGGGCGGGGCUUCGCACUUCGAGCAACCUCAGAACUGGAAGUUGUAGCCAUUGCAAUGCAUUGUAGGUCCGGGUUUGGGGAGUUCCUGUGGUGAGGUGCAUUGUGGGUGCUGGUGCAGGGUGUUCCACUGGUGCAGGUGUGACCUUGAGGAGUGACGCCCACGUGACACCCUCACAAGACCCCACCCUCUUGAGGCCAAGAGGUAGCUUUGCAUGUCCAUCACCUUCAGAAUUGGAUAUUAAGGCCAUCACAAUGCACUGUGGGUGCUGUUGCCGGAUGUUCCACUUGUGUGGGUACGACCUUGAAGAGUGAUACUCAUGUGAAACCCACUGGGUACUCAGGGUCAGCGUGGGGUGUGACCGAUAGGAGUGAUGCUCAUGUGACACCACGCAGGCUGAGGUGUGGAGCUUUGCCUGUCCAUCACUGUCAGAAUUAUGUCCAUAGCAACCAUUGUUGGGCUUCCUCCAGGUUUGACUCUAGAGUGUUAACAGCCAGCUGUGAUCUGCCUUUUGUGAUUGCUCCCUGGGAGUUUACUAGGGGUGCAAAGGUUAUGCAAAACUUGGUUGGGAAAAACUUGGCAAACCAGGGUGUUCCUUGAUGGAGAAUUUGCAUUGGGCAUUAACCCUUUGAGAUGCUUAGAUAAGAUAUUUUGGGAUGUGGAAAUCAACUUGCUAAAGGUGUAAACUGGAUAACAAUAAAAAAGCCCUUGGCUAAGGGAGAGGUCUCAGUCUGCUAGAGGCUGAGUCCCCCUGCAGCUGGAAAGGUUAAAAUCA